UUCUCUUUUUUUCUCUCUCUAAAACUCUGUUGAGUGAAGCAAUUGCGAAACGGCUCUUCGGUGCUGAGGCGGACGCGUAUUCGGAUCUCCGGUGUUUGGUGGUUUAAGCUUUCCGGAGAAACGACAGAGGAUUGAUUGGUAAUCAUACUGGCUUGUGGAUAGAUUUCGCUGUCAGCCUCUUCAUUUAUUUCCCUAAAGUGCAGUUGCUAAGAACCACCGCUUCUAGAAUUCGCUGGGUAGAACAGAACACUUACUGUGAUGGCAUCGAAAUCAUGUGGAAAUUUCUUCGACUUGGCUUCUGGAGACUUGAUGAAUGCACCUCACACUCCCCGAGGUCUUCCUAGAGUGAUGACUAUUCCGGGAGUUAUAUCUGAUGGUAAUAGGAGCAGUGAUGCCGACACAGACAGCACAACAUCUGUUUGCCGUGACCGGAAAAUCAUUGUGGCAAACAUGUUGCCUUUGCAUGCUCAAAAGGAUUAUGCAACUGGUAAAUGGCGCUUUAGCUUCGAUGAAGAUUCACUAUUGUUACAAUUGAAGGAUGGAUUUUCACCUGAGGCCGAGGUUCUGUAUGUGGGAUCUCUCAAAGUCGAAAUAGAAGCCAAUGAGCAGGAUGAAGUUGCACAGAGGCUUCUAGAUGAGUUCAAAUGCGUGCCAACUUUUGUUCCUCAAGAUAUCCAGAAAAAGUUCUAUCAUGGUUUCUGUAAGCAGCAGCUCUGGCCUCUAUUUCAUUACAUGCUACCUAUGUGCCCGGAUCAUGGAGAUCGCUUCGACAGACAGCAGUGGCAGGCUUAUGUGUCUGUAAAUAUGAUUUUUGCUGACAAGGUCAUGGAAGUAGCCAAUCCCGAGGAUGAUUUCAUCUGGAUUCAUGACUACCAUCUUAUGGUACUUCCUACAUUUUUAAGGAAGCGCUAUAAUCGAGUCAAGCUUGGCUUUUUCCUUCACAGCCCAUUUCCUUCUUCGGAAAUCUACAGAACACUGCCUGUUCGAGACGAAAUUCUGAAAGGGCUACUGAAUUCCGAUCUAAUAGGUUUCCAUACAUUUGACUAUGCUCGUCAUUUCCUCUCUUGCUGUGGCAGAAUGCUGGGCCUGGACUACGAAUCCAAGAGAGGGCACAUCGGGCUGGAUUACUUUGGUCGCACGGUGUAUAUAAAAAUCCUCCCAGUAGGUAUCCACAUGGGUAGGCUGAAAUCUGUGUUGAACCUGCCUUCUACAUGCAAUAAAGUCAAAGAGAUACAAGAACAGUUCAAGGGCAAGAAACUGAUUCUCGGAGUUGACGACAUGGACAUAUUCAAAGGCAUCAGCCUGAAGUUGCUCGCCUUUGAACAGCUCUUGAUUCAGCACAAGGAGUUGCACGGAAAAGUGGUUUUGGUCCAAAUAGUCAACCCUGCUAGGAGCACUGGAAAAGAUGUCCAGGAAGCGAAAAGGGAGACGUACACAACCGCUAAUAGAAUCAACGAGGUUUACGGGUCCCUUGACUACGAACCCGUGGUUCUGAUUGACCGCCCUGCUCCCCUCUACGAGAAGACUGCCUAUUAUGCUCUGGCGGAUUGUUGCAUAGUCAAUGCAGUGAGGGAUGGAAUGAACUUGAUCCCUUAUAAAUAUAUAGUUUGCAGGGAUGGCUCUAAUAAAUCAGAUUCUCCAAGAACUAGCAUGCUUGUCGUGUCGGAGUUUAUCGGUUGCUCACCGUCUUUAAGCGGAGCUAUUAGGGUGAAUCCAUGGGAUAUUGACGCUGUAGCUGAGGCCAUGAAUGUGGGGAUCACCAUGAAAGAUUCAGAAAAGCAGCUUCGGCAUGAGAAGCACUACAGGUAUGUUAGCUCUCACGAUGUAGCUUAUUGGGCUCGAAGCUUCAUGCAGGACAUGGAGAGAGCUUGCAAGGACCACUAUAACAACCGUUGUUGGGGCAUCGGGUUAGGCCUUGGCUUUAGAGUCAUAUCUCUUUCUCCGAGUUUUAGGAAGCUGACAGUUGACCACAUUGUGUCGGCGUAUAAAAGGACUAGCAGAAGGGCUAUAUUUUUGGACUAUGAUGGUACUGUUGUUUCUCAGUCCUCGAUGGUUAGAUCCCCCAGCGAUGAAUUGGUGGAGGUGCUUAAUGGUCUGUGCAGUGAUCCUAAUAAUACGGUUUUUAUAGUUAGUGGGAGAGGAAGGACUUCACUGAACGAUUGGCUUGCUCCGUGUGAUAAAUUGGGAUUGGCUGCUGAACAUGGGUAUUUUCUGAGGUGGGACAAAAACGGCGAGUGGGAAUCGUUAGCAGCUGAUCUUGAUUGGAAAGAAAUGGUGCAGCCGAUUAUGAAACUGUACACCGAGGCGACCGAUGGUUCGUUUAUGGAAGUGAAAGAGAGUGCAUUGGUGUGGCACCAUCAAGAUGCUGACCCUGACUUCGGCUCCUGCCAGGCGAAGGAACUUCUGGACCACUUAGAAAAUGUUCUUGCUAAUGAACCUGCUGUUGUUCGGAGGGGACAACAUAUUGUCGAAGUAAAACCACAAGGAGUGACUAAAGGCGUAGUUGCGGAGAAGGUGCUCUCAGUGAUGGCCAAAGAUGGGAAUGCACCGGAUUUCGUGGUGUGUAUUGGGGAUGACAGGUCGGACGAAGACAUGUUUGCGAGCAUAAACGCGUUCUCUACUUCAGCUGUCCCUGCAGUUCCGGAGAUAUUUGCUUGCACCGUUGGACAGAAACCGAGCAAGGCUAGAUAUUACCUCGACGACACGGUGGAUGUUGUCAAACUUCUUGGAGGUCUUGCUAAUGCUUCGAAUCCAAAGCCCCCUCGGUGCAGUGCACAGUUCCAGCUUUCGUUCGAUGAUAAUAUAUAGGGGGGCAGGUUUGUGUAAAUUUUCUCUUCUUUCUGAGUGGGGAGAGAAAAAAAGGAAAAAUUAAAAAAACUUAAAUAAUAUUAACUUAAUUAAAUAGGAUUUGGAAAGUAAAGAAACUUAAAUUAUAGUAUUAACUGUUGGGGGAAUUGAUAGGUCCCUCUCUCUUUUACUGUGAAUGGUUGGCUGUGAAUGAAAAUACUUACUUAGGUGUAGAAAAAGCAAAUGGUUUAGUGAUGCAGAAUGUUUAUAAAAAAAAGGCUUUUCCCCUAAUUGGUUAGACGACACCGUUUCUUUUGUAUAGUCAACUGUUGAAACUUUUUAAAUGUAAUUUUUAAUUUGACUCU